UGCUAUUAAGCAUAUACAAAAACCUAAUUCACUUUUAUUAUUUUUGUUUUUUAUUUUAAUUAUUAAUUUGAAUUUUGUUAGCAAAUGAAAAAAAUUACGAUGCUGGAAAUAAUUGUACAUACCUACAGCGCAAUAGGGGUUGCAUAUCAACAAGUGUUAAGCCACCAAUCCCGCAGCAUUCACGCCGAAAGUGACGUUUAGUUUGUUAACAAAGCUUCAUUGGAGGUUAUAAACGGUAUUUCCGAUUUUAUGUGCAUAUUAAUGUUAGUUAAAUUCGUAAACGCCAUAUUUUGAUUUGAACCCUUUGAAUGUGAUCCAACCUGUUAACUAAUCGUCCUAAAUACAACCCGACGUCGAAAAAUCCGAAACGAACAUGCCAGCCGAGAAUUCGAACGAAAUCCGCGCAAAAAUCGCGUACAAUGGUGAAGUUUUAAUCACCUACAUUGAUCAAAACAUAUCUCUGGAGCAAUUGUGUCAGGAAAUGCGGGAGAUCUGUCGGUUUUCCCAGGAUCAGAUAUUCACAAUGAAGUGGGUGGAUGAGGAGGGUGAUCCUUGCACCAUUUCUUCACAGAAAGAACUUGAUGAGGCCAUUCGGCUCUAUGAAGUCAACAGGGACUCUGAAUUGACGAUACAUGAUUCGCCGGAUUUAACAAUCAUUUCAAUCCAAAAAACCCUAACCACUAACAAACAACUAAUCCAAGUAAAACGAUAGAAAAAAUGCGCGCGUUAAAAGCACACCUAUGCUAAAAACCCGACUGUAGAUCCCCAACUCACUCAACUGCCCCCCAUAAAUCGAACGAUACUCAAAUCGGUAUGGCGUGGGGCUACUGGAGCGCUACCACGGUCUCGGACCGCGGCCGGAGCCCCAGAAGAAACCAGCAACAGAAUAGUUCAGGUCAUGCCAGCCAUCAGCAGCAGAACCAUCAGCAACAACAGCAGCAACAACCGCAGAUACCAAUCACUGUCGAGGAACGGGCGCCGGUCGUGACGCAGGCAUAUCCGAUGGCGAUGGCGCCCAACAAUAACGUGCCGAUGGUUGCUGAAUUCGAAGAUCUGCACUCGCAGCUGAGCAGGAGGCCCUCGCUGGAUCUGGGGUCGAUGGGACCGCAGGGAGCAUUGGCAGGCAUCCUGUGUGCGGCACACGGCAGUCGCGGCCCCGGCGGCGGUACCCUGUCGGCCGGCAACACGCUGACGAGGGUCGGUAGCCGGCACACCGCCGUCGAGUACGCCGUGCCCCAUCACUUUCACCAUCACCAUCACGCCUACAUCGAGUACCAUCACCAGCAGCAACUCUCGUUCUCCGACGACGAUUCCAGCUCCGAGCCGGGAUACGCGACAGUGUUCCCAAAUGCUCCGCCGCAGCCAGGAAUGCCAUGUCAGGGAGAGGACAGAAGUAUCUACAGGAGAGGUGCGAGACGAUGGAGGAAGCUCUAUAGGGUGAACGGCCAUAUUUUCCAGGCCAAACGGUUUAAUAGGAGAGCGUUUUGUGCGUUCUGCGACGACCGCAUUUGGGGCCUGGGACGGCAGGGCUUUAAGUGUAUUCAGUGUAAGUUGCUGGUGCACAAGAAGUGCCACAAGGCGGUUAGCAAACCAUGUACCAGCGAACACAUCGAGGCGGCGCCCAGGGACGACCACAAUGGGGAUGCGCAGGCCGCUGGCACGCCCAGCAACGACAUGCUGCAGGAAAGGAGGGAAACAGACUUACCGGAACCACCGCCAGAUGUUACAGGCGAAUCGGUACCGGUCGAAGAUCCGAACAAGCCUGACGACGGCGAGCCGGGUUCGCAGCGCCAGUAUUCGCUCCAAGAUUUUGAGCUCAUCCGCGUGAUCGGUCGCGGAUCUUACGCUAAAGUUCUGAUGGUCGAGUUGAAGCGUACGAAGCGCAUCUACGCCAUGAAGGUGAUAAAGAAGGCGCUCGUCACUGACGACGAGGACAUCGAUUGGGUGCAGACGGAGAAGCACGUGUUCGAAACUGCUUCCAAUCAUCCGUUCCUCGUCGGCCUGCAUUCGUGCUUCCAGACGCCGUCGAGACUGUUCUUUGUCAUUGAGUUUGUAAGAGGUGGUGACUUGAUGUUCCACAUGCAAAGGCAAAGGAGAUUACCCGAAGAACACGCUCGGUUCUAUGCGGCUGAAAUAUCUUUGGCGUUGAACUUCCUUCACUGCAAGGGUAUCAUUUAUCGAGACUUGAAGCUGGACAACGUUCUCUUGGAUCACGAAGGUCAUAUCAAACUAACAGAUUACGGCAUGUGUAAGGAAGGAAUACGACCAGGCGACACGACUUCAACCUUCUGCGGUACUCCGAACUAUAUUGCUCCAGAAAUUUUGCGCGGAGAGGAUUAUGGAUUCUCAGUUGAUUGGUGGGCAUUGGGGGUGUUACUGUAUGAAAUGUUGGCCGGUCGGUCGCCGUUCGACAUUGCUGGCGCAUCCGAGAACCCCGAUCAGAACACGGAGGACUAUCUAUUCCAGGUUAUAUUGGAGAAGACAAUUCGUCCACCGAGGUCUCUCAGCGUCAAAGCGAUCAAUGUUCUCAAUGGCUUCCUCAAUAAAAAUCCGGCAGGUCGACUUGGAUGUCGCAGUCCCGACUCCUUCCACGAGAUCGCCACUCAUCAGUUCUUCAAAAGCAUCGAUUGGGAAAUGUUGGAACAGAAGCAGGUGCCACCGCCUUACAAGCCGCGCCUAGACUCUGACAGGGACCUGGCGAAUUUCCCGCCGGAGUUCACCGACGAGCCGGUCCAUCUGACACCGGACGAUCCGCGUGUAAUCGAGAAGAUCGACCAGUCGGAGUUCGAAGGCUUCGAGUACGUGAACCCGCUACUGAUGUCGCUGGAGGACUGCGUGUGACACAACGUGCUGUGCGCCCUACACCCGGACAAUUUGCCGCCGCCGCCCUUGGUUCGCCAUCCGCCGCCCUUGUUCCCGCCGCCGCCUCCGCCGCCCCAUCACGAACUGCUGGACCGGCCCGACGACAAGAUGAUGCGGAUCGAUGUGCGCCCGCCCGGCGGCAAGUCCCUCCUGCAAAAUAUAUUCUGCCUUCCUCUAAACUAGACAAUUGUAUCCAGCUAAGCGUAGACGGAACGGUAACCGCGAGGAGCCGAGGAUUGGGCGGCGUUGUUGAUGAUUUUAAAGUGAGAUCUGUUUCGAAUAGUCAACAGACAGUCGAAUUUGGUAUGGUUUGUACCGAUCUAUGGGCUCGGCUCCUUCGCGGACGUUUUUUUAGGCUAACUAUCGACUUAUAUCUCACUAAUUAAUAUGUUUUGAUUGAUGAUGCUGUACUAUGUACGUGCAUUUUUGUAUUAACUUAUUUUACCCCCAAGUUUCUCGGUAGUGAUCGACGAUGUCACUAAGAUAUCUUCGUUCGUUGCCGUGAAAAGUGUUUAUUUACUUUUAAUUUCUUCUCGUAUUGUAAGUUUCAUAUGAUUAUGCAGUUUGACAUUCCAAAAUAGACCUAAAAUGACUGAUAUUUUUGAUAUUUUUCGUUUUCCUUCGUUAUUUAAAGAGGAGUUCUUUUUGUAUAUUCCGUUUUUAACACUGAUAGAAAAGUUAAUGGUUACAAAAGCUUAAGUAUUUAUUCGAAAAUAGGGUUCAAAUUCAAAAAGAGCACUAAUAAAUAAUCUUGAUUAAACAUUGUUACAUGUGUUUCUCUUAAACAAGUAUAUAAAUUUAAAUUAAUUAACACUUGACGGUACAGAUUUUUCCAAUUCCCUUGGAGGGUAUUUUUAUCAUUUUCUUGAUUCUAGUUAUUUGUAUUCGUUAAUGACGAAUUCUUCCGGGGGAAUUUUAAAAAAACAUGUUCUAUUUGUAUGUUAUAAAAAUAAUGAAUAUGACUAAAAUUGAAAUAAAUAAUGUUUUAUUAAAUCACAAAUGUAAAUUGAAAGUAAUAAUGACUGGUAGUCAAUCGCAAUUUUUAAAGAUUGAACAUUUUGUAUCAUACGUUAUCAGAAGAAGUUAUCAGACUAUAUAAAGUUAGUAUAGCAGAAAUAUAUAUUACUUGCUUUAAAGAAAUUGAACAUGUUUGUUGAUAGUUAUGGUAUUUUUUAGAAUAUAUAGUUUUAAGCAUUAUUUAUGAAGUAUAUUUUCUAAGCUGAUUUAACUUAAUCGGGAGUAUUAUUUUUUACAUGUCUUACAUUUAAGUUUACCAGUAUAUUAUUUGAAUCAUUUAUAAUAAAGAUCUACUUAAAUGUUA